AUGUAUCCUCUCCCUCCACAAUCUUUGCCACAAAUGUUGUCGGUUGACAAAGUGAUCCCCGUUAUUCAGGGCAUCAUUGCUGAUCGAGAAGCAAUCCGUGAGUCGGUGGUUUCCAAGGUGACACCGGAGACGGCCACGUUUGGAAAUGUCAUCCAGCCAUGGCUAGAUGAGGAGAACAUGAAUCAAGGAGCCGAAACUUUGAUAGACAUGUAUCGGUAUGCAGGUCCGAACAAAGCUAUCCGUGACGCAGCCGAGGAGGCAACCAGGUUGAUGUCAGAGAGUCACGCAAAGCUCAUGCGAAGGCAUGACCUCUACCUCCUAGUGAAAGCUGUGGCAGACAGAGACGAUAGUCCUAAUGAGGAAUGCAGAAAGGCGGUGAAAGAUAUGUUGCGCGAGUACACAAAUGUCGGAUAUGGGAAGUUGAGCUCUCAGCAGAUCGAGAGGCUACUAAACGCACGGCAAACCAUCAGUCAGCUUUGCCAAGAGUUUAAUCAAAACUUGAGGGAGAAAACCAAGGGGCUCUGGUUCACACCGGAUGAACUUGAUGGCGUUCCUGUGCAGGAGAUCGAACACCGCAUGCCAGUCGGCAGAAAUGAAGUAUACAUCGACCUUGGCAAUCGUGCAGACCGGCUCCUGGUGCAGAGGUUUGCCCACAGCUCAGCUACAAGAAAGAGGUUGUACCUUGAAAACGAGCAGAAGCUCUGGGAGAACGUUCCUCUGUUCAAGAAAGUUCUGGUCGUGCGGGACGAGAAUGCACGCCUUCUCGGCUACAAGAGCCACGCAGAGUUCAAACUGCAAGACCGAGUGGCAGCUUCACCCGAGUCGGUAGACGAAAUGCUGGGUGCCAUGCGUCAGAAGGUUCUGCCAUUAGGAAAACGGGCAAUGGAGAAACUGAAAACCAUCAAGAAAACGCAUCUGGGGUCGCAUCUACCACCCGAAGAAGAUGAAAUCCUGCCCUGGGAUUACUUUUAUUAUAUGCGCUUACUGGAGGAGGAGACGCAGGUGGACCAUGAAGUCGUGGCUGAGUACUUUCCACUUCAAAAUACAGUGCUCAAAAUGCUGGGACUGUUCGCGUCUUUCCUUCAGCUCAAGUUCGUACCUAUUCCUCCCGAGGCGCUUACUGGGAGUACUUGGCAUGAGGAUGUGAAAGGAUGGUCAGUGUGGGAUGAAAGACCGGAACACAAGGGCGAGUUUAUUGGGUAUCUUUUUUCAGACAUAUUAUACAGGGAUGGGAAGUAUAAAGGGAACCAAAACGUCAAUCUUCAGGCUUCCUACAUCAAACCAGACGGUAGCAGGGUCCUUCCAGCGACUAUACUGAUGUGCAACUUCUCCCCAUCAGCCGUUACAGGAUGUGCUUUGCUCAAGCAUUCCGAGGUAGUGACGCUAUUCCACGCUUUCUCAGAGCUUGGUCACGGAAUUCAUGACCUUCUGUCUCGUACAUUGCACACCCGGUAUCAUGCCUGGAGAGUCCCGGUAGAGUUUGGUGAAGCUCUAAGCACAAUGCUCGAGAACUGGUGUUGGGAUAAGACGACACUACAUGCAAUGAGUUGCCACUACACAACAACAGGCCCUGAGUUUCCGAACCAGUGGAAAGCGCAGAACCCGCAGGCCUCACCACCUGCUGAACGUAUCUCGGACAAGCUUCUAGAUCGGUUGAUCGGGGAGCGAAAUCUGAACAGAGCCCUCCAAAUACUAAAACAGACUGCAGACUCAAUAUUUGACAUGACGAUUCACAAUCCAGCUUCCCACUAUGAGCUCGUACAGCUCGACGAGACGGAGCUCUAUAACGUCCUUUACGAAGAGCUGACUUUGAGAAGAAACCCCGAACCGAGUACAUGGGGACCUGCUCAUUGCCAUUUCGGACAUUUGAUGUCCGGCUACGACGCGGGAUACUUCGCGUAUUUAAGCGCCCAGGUUUUUGCGGCGGACUUCUAUGAAACGGCAUUCGCCGCCAACCCAAGUUGCCAGAACACUUGGGAUCGGUACAGGCGGGUGAUCCUUGAGGCCGGCGGUAGUCGAGAUGAGUCGAAGAUCAUGGAGGAGUUUCUGGGCCAUCUUCCCACACCAAAUGCCCUUGUGAGAAGCCUGGGUCUUCAGUAG